AUGUCAGGAGGGGGAGUUCAGGAGGUCGGAGUUCUCGAAGAUGACGGGGGAAUCUGCGCCCGGAGAAUGGCUCGCUGCAGGGUGAAGGAGGAGGAUGGGAAGUCUCGGGGGGAUGCCGUAGGAUUGCUCAGUCCGAUGAUCGAUGGUUCGGGAUUGGAGGAGGUCUGUUGGCGUAAGGCUGAGCACCUGCGGACUCAAAACCGAAGCCCAGAGAAGUAUGAAUGUGAGAGGUGGAAAAGGAAGGCUGGGAGAAGAACGAUCGAAGAUGAUGGGUGGAAUGGCAGUGAGAGAGCGAGAGACAGAGGGAAAACGGAGGCUGCUGUCAAGCUAAGCCCGAGAUGCGUAUGUGGCAUCCAGGGUUCAGCUGGGAGUCCAGACACAGCAAUGGAAGGGAAAAAGCGGGAAAAAGCAGCGAUGAUCACAAAAAUCCGAGGAGGGUUGGACGAUGCUCUGGAAGACUAA